AUGAGUUCUGUCCCACCUGCCAAAACCUCGAGACUUCUGUGGGUGUCUUUUGAUGGUACCCUAGCCGGCGGACUCGGCAGCUGUCGCGACACAGUUGUCUCAGUCUUGCCUGACCUCAUAUCGCAGAGCGAAAACCUCAACCAUGUUUUCGUCCCAGGCGUAGGGUCCGGCUUCACCCCUUUCACUCGUGUUUUUGGCGUCCUCUGCGGUUGGGGAACCCAGCACAACGUCGUCACUGCAUACAGAAGCAUUGCCACAGCUUAUGUUCCUGGUGAUAAAAUUAUACUGUGCGGAUAUUCCCGAGGUGCCUGGGCUGCUCGGUACCUCGCCCAAAUCAUCAGCCUUCUUGGUCUACCUAGACGGUGCGAUAACAAUUUUAUCCAUCUCUUGGAUAAACAAUGCGACAAGGAUCCAAUGUUCCAACUUCCCGUCGACCCCAAGCUAUUGGAAUAUGACAGGUGGAACAAUGUCGAGAUUGAAGCUUUGUGUUGCUUCGACACAGUCGGCUCCCUAGGGUUGCCAUUGUACGGCAUCGCUAAGCCACUGUCCAUCCUUCGCCGGGGGCCAAGAAAAGCAGACAUUGUCUCUACAGUAGCAAGCAACGUCAAGAAUUCCUUCCACUGUCUAGCUCUCCACGAGCAACGAGAACCAUUCAGUCCAACAUACAUGAGAGGGAAGAAUGUCCAUCAAGUUUUCUUCGUCGGUAACCACGGCGAUAUGGGCUGGAUUGACCGACGCAAAGAAAGCUUUGUCCAUGCCCCUCUCGCCUGGAUUGUCCAACAACUUCAGUGGCACUCCGGUAUGCGGUUCGAUGAAGUGAAGCUCAACGAGUACUUCCCCAGCUAUGGUCGCGAUCCAGGUGACAACUUACCGUGCAUAGACGGUCCCAUUGCCCGUACAAGUCGUAUUACUCGAUUAUUCAUGGGGAUUAAGAAGCGCCAGCCAUGGAAUGCCGCGAAUUACUUGCGUACAGCUGACAACGGCAAGAAUAAUGGCCCUGAACCCACGUGCGACGCGUGCGACACUAUCCUCUCCGACGUCCAGAUACACGUCAGUGCUCGUUAUUACGAACAGCCAGAACUCGCUGUCCCAGGCUACACACAGAACGCCCCUAUCGAGGGGAAAUUUCACUGGAUACAACAGGGCAACGCACUGCAGUCACAGGGGUGGAGAUUUCUUGGCAAUUCACGUCAGAACAGCUCGAGCAGCUCUUCGUCCUUGAAACAGACCCCAAGUACUGUUGCCAGUUACAAGAGAAUUGCCUGUCUACCAGGCUCCGAGCCUACCAACAAUGGUGGUCAGACCAGACACCGCAUUUACCCGGCACUCGUGGGCCCUUUGGAGGCCAGGCUGCUAGCAUUGCCAGCAGCGGCUGUGUCUCGCCGGGCUUGCUGUGCACCACCAUCAGAGAUACCGCAAGAUGAAGUCACAGUCCCAGACUCUGUACCGGCCGAAGGAGGAAAGACAAGACAAGCUAUCUCUAAGUGGACCAAGAGAUUUGGCUUCUCCCACAGAUGA